AUGGUCCAGGACCUGCAUGCCAAUACCAAAAAUGAGGGAGAAAUUAGGAAGAUCGCCGCUACUACUAGAGACCGUAACUCUGCUAUUCUGAAUGGCAUACGACCGGCCGUCUUGGUCGUGGACGAGACCAGUACGCCUAGAGAAACCAUCGACCUGGCUGUCAGUGUUGGUACCAGCAAGAUUGUCGAUAUUAAUUCGUUGCUCGACGGAGCGACGCAAAUUGAUCCUAACGAACCCUUGGAGCCUUUGCAGUCUGUGAAGAGGGAAUCCCCAUUAUGGUGA